UGGCUGUAGCAGCAUGUGGAAGACGACUCUUGUUUUGUACCAGCUCUUUGCACUAGGUCGGCCGCUCCGGGCUCAGGAUGACGUCCCCGCCGCCGCUGCCAUCACUGCCCAGGACUGCAGUCUAAACUGUGUGCAGCAGGGAGGACCUGGUUGUGAAUACUGCAGAAUAACCAGAGCUGAUCUCAAGAGGGCUCUGGGCAUUAACUCCAUCAAAGGGUUUGGAAGUUGCAUUCCCUGGCCGUGUUUUGAGUUACUUGGAAGAGAAGACCGUAAACUCUGUCAGCACUACGUCCAAGCGCCGAAUGAUGUGAAGGUCGAGUUAGUAAAUGAGCUAGACCCCAAAUCAGACACCGUUGUUGUCUCCUGGAAGCCCAGCUACUAUGGGAUCGCCUUCUUGCGAGGCUUUCAGGUUUCCCUCCAGGCCCUGGGAGGGACCAGUGUUGCCUGCCAGCUCUUUCUCUUCCACCGAAACCUCUCCCUCCCUGCUUCACAUGCUCAAAGGGUGUACAAGUCGGACCCUUUCCCCGGCCUUUCCCUUGGGUCCCAGUAUGCUGUUACCGUCAUGGCUCUGCCAGUGCCUGAGGAGUGGGAGAAGUUCUACCGCAGCGAGUUCUUCUCCACCCGCUCAUGUGCAGAGAAGAAUGGUCUUGAGCAGUGCAAAAAGGACUGGUACCCCAAAAACAUCGAGGUCCAGCAGGAAGGGAGUGCCAUCACUGUGACCUUUAACCUGGCUCCCCCAAACCUGGGCAUCAGAGGCUACUUCUCACUGUGUUACGCGAACGGCUUGAAGAAAUACACAGACAUCACACCUAAUUCCAGCAAAAACCAAACUCACCACAGCUAUCAGCUGAGUGACCUCGAAGAAGGAACCAAUUACUCCUGCGAGAUUGCAGCGAAUGAAGUGGAUGCCGUGAGGAAAACAUUCAAUGUUCGAGUCUUGCACAUUCAAAAAGGAGGCUCCCUGCCACUCUCGGUCACUCCCUCAUUGGCUCUGAUUCUUCCACUAUCCCUGGCCGUGGUAGCCAUGUUUGUAGUCUUAUUUGCUGCUCUCACCAGGAGGCCCAAGUUCUGGAUGAAGAAACUUGACAUCAAACCAGAUGUUAUCAAGCAGCAUCAGGAGAGCGGGACUCAGGAGGAAGUGAUGUCAUUGACCAGGAAGAGGCUGACCCCUCCUCGUCUUCUGAUUUGCUACAGCAGCUACGAUGGCCCCGCACACGUCAAAGCCGUCAUGCAGUUGGGGGCCUUCAUACAACAGCACAUGGCCACUCAGGUGUGCCUGGACCUUUGGGAGUCUUUGAGCGUUGCUGAGGAGGGCAGCAUGGCCUGGCACUGCCGGCAGAUCCGGGACAGCGACUUCAUCUUGGUGAUCUGCUCACCGGGCCUCAACCAUAGGCCGAAGCCUCCAGGUGGUGGCGAUGGCGGCGGCGUAGACGAGGAGGCAGACGGAGGGCUCUGCUUCGGGUCCGACGCCUUCAGCUCCAACGCAGCCGUCCAGCUUAUCGGAGAGGAGGUGGGCCGAGCCAAAGCCGGGGGCCAGGACCUGUCCAAGUACAUGGCGGCCAUUUUUGAUUACUCAGAGGAAGCGGACAUCCCCACUGAGCUGAGGCUGGUGUCUCACUACAAGCUGACAAGGGACUUGCAACUGCUCUUCUCACACCUCCAUACAGUGGCUCUGCACGGGCCGGGGCAUUACCUGAAGAUCAACCAUAUCUCAGAGGAAGGGUAUACUGAGUUGCCAGCCGGAGAAGCUCUGCAGUGUGCUAUCUGUGAGGCUCGGCUGGCAAUGACGGCAAAGAGGCAUCACUCUGUGGCAGGGCUGGGUGUCAUUUAGAAAAUUAGGACGCUUGUACCAAUACCGUUAAAGUGAUACCGAUACCAAUACCUUAUUCGAUACCCAACAUAUGAAUGGAUGCUGUGUGCGUGUCCCACUGGCUAGCAUAUUGCCGCGGCCCUGCACAGCGAUCAUACAGAGGUUACUGCUGUUAACUGCAUUCCCAGACCGCAUCGGAGCGGAAGCGUAAAACCUCGGUUAUACUUUUCCGCUGGGACGAUCUUGCGGACAUGAGCUGACGUGGAAUCGUGACGAGGAAACGUUUAGAUCUCUUAUACACCACGCAUUCUCAAGACUUCUCCAUUUUCCCCGCCCUCCCGCGUAGCUAGAAAUCAAAGGGGGCCGCGUCUGAUGGUGUGACGGCACUCUGGCCGCACCAACACUCGUGAUCCUCGAAAUGCGGCAAGCAUGAGUCACACUCAACGCCCACCGUUAACGGUUCCCAACCUCCCAAGUCAGCUCUGUCAGCACUGAUAUUAGCGCCUUUAGCACCGUUAGCUACUCUGACGUCUCGGUGUUCAGAGCCCGCUGUAUGGGUAGUAGCUGCUGCGGUGGUGGACCAAUCACACGUCGCAUUAAAUGAAGGAGUGCUUGCAGUGAUUGGCUGCAAGUCCGUACAAAUCGAAGCUGUGAGAGUCAUACUUCUACAGUCCCUGCUAAUGUGCCCUUAAGCAAUUAACUAACUGAUAACCUCUGCCUCAGCUGUGCACUUUGACCUCCAAAGUGCGUUUACAUGCCACAUGUGUGCGUACUGGAAGGAUUUGUAAAAUAAGAGCAGUGUUAUGUGUGUAAUGGUAAAUGAAGUAAAUCUCCAAAAUAAGUCUUAUCGAUGUACUUGGUGGACAUUUCCUCUGUUUUCUUACUAUGUCAUGUAAAAAUAAGUAUAUUUAUAAUAUAAGCAUUGUCAUGUGUAUAUAUAUAUUAACUGUACUUACUAUUAACUAUCUCAUACACAAGUUAUUGAAGUUCUUCUGUGAUAACGUGUGCCUUGAAGUACACAUUGUUUAAUAUGUGCAUAGUUAAAGUCUUGGCUGUUGUUUAUUUAUCCAUGUGCAUCGCUCAUAUACUUAGGAAUGGAUUAUUAAGUCAUAUUUAUUUUACUUUAUGCUUAUGCAAGGAUAAAAGUGAGCUGUUCUGUAGUUUAAUCUAUAUAUGGAUAUAUAGAUUUGUUAUCAUGUAUCUAAUAAAACAAAGUGUUCUCUGGAUC